UAAAAAAUUUUGAAACUUUUAUAAUCUAUGCGAGUUAUGGAACACAGCCAAAGUUUGACCGUGGGUCGUCAUCGAAUGAAAAAGUUCAAAAUAAAUACAUAUCCGCCCUCUACUCAUGAUAACCAAAAACUAAUUAAUUGCUUAAUUACAGUCUUUAACUCGUCCGGGCCCGGGAUUUACGUGGAGAGUGUGCCCCCUCGCCUGCCCCUGACUAGGACGGAUUUCGUCUGUGAAUUCGUCAUCUCGGUGGAACGAGAAGAUCUCGAAUUUGUCGAAUACGUGCCACCAACCUUGCCACCCUGUCCGCCAGAAAUGACGACGAAUUCGCCAAAUUCGUCGAAAUUUCGACCGGAUAAAGAAGAAAUGGACUGCAUCCCUGCAACAAAUUCAACAGUCCCGCCACCGACGGCGUCGUCGUUGCCCGUCCCGCCGGCGCCAUUUUUCGCCCUGAGCAUCCCACAGGAUGAGAACCUUUAUGUCAAAAUGGUCCAAGGUUUCGUCAACCGGUCGGGGAACGAGGGGGAUUUUGAAAUUUUGGAAAUUCUUAUGGAGCCGAUGAAUCCUACUCCUCCGCUGGACUUGAAGGACUCGUUUUAUGAAAUUCACGCGUUUGAGAAACCCCUCAAUCUCAGUGGGUUAUCGAUUGAUCGAGAAGUUGCGAAUCACACGUGGCACGAGAGGUCGCAAUAUUUACCUACAAGAAACCACAUUUCUCCCCGUUAUUUCUUGCAAGUGGUUACUUACUUUCACCUGAAACACUAUUUUUCCCCAUUGGCAACGCCUUUUAAACGACGACGUGCUGCACCAAGCGUACUGGGACCCGGUGUUCGAGACUUGUCGGGGUGAGCGAGCCGUCUGUUAUUUGAUGGACCAUGACCUCAAAUGUUGGCGAGUCGAGAGGGAAGAGUGCACCGUUCUUAUCAAUUUUGCGUUUGAGAAGAACUUUACGGAAAUUCGGGUUCGGAUGGUGGUUGAGAAUUGGCACUGGGGAAGCUUCGGCUUUACGACGGAUCACUUUUUGCUGGACGACAUCGGCUUUUACUGCGGCGAGAUGGAGCCCUUCGUCUGGACGCAGGUCCACCUCAACCACACGACCCUCAAGGGCUCCUACAAAGGACUGGAGGAGAACCUCGUCAAAAUCGUCACCUUCAAAGAACAGGCCGGAGAAAUGAAAAGAUAUUGCGAGUGGAUUAUGCCCUCAAAGUUUAAAGUGCAUCAGGGGUCCUUCAACACAACUCGGGACGUGAACGUGAACCUGGUCGACAAUGAGUACCACGUGCUAAUGACGGUCGGGAAGAACGUUUCGUACCACUCUGCCAAGCAAAUCAUGCCUCACAAGUUUGGCAAAAAAGCGUAUCUCAGCCUGACCGGGGAGAAGGAUGCCGGAAGUGCGGCCACCCCCACCUCCAUUCCUCACGCCACACUUGUAACCUUCCUAAUUCUCAAUUUGUACUCCUCCAUUUGUAUUUAGA